UAAAGCUCACAGCUGCGAAUUACGACCCACGAAUCACGAAUCGCGAUCGUAAAUCGAUUCUCAGAGAGAUUUAAAUAAAAACGAUUCGCGCACUAGCUAUCAUAAAUCGGUGAAAUAUUUAUACGAGAAAAACCAAAGAUGAGCGGCGGCGCAGCUUUGGAACUGGCCGUGGCGCAGCGCAAGGAGCAGGCGACCGUGGGCAGUCUGUUGGGCAGGCGAUAUGCAGAGCUGCUGCAUGCCGAGAAGCACACGGACUGUGUGUUCCAUGUGUGCGAGCAGCAGCUGAAGGGACACAAGCUGAUCCUAAGCGCCGCCAGUCCGGUCUUCGAGGCCAUGUUCUAUGGGCCGCUGCAGGAGCUGGAGCCCGAGAUCGAGAUACAUGACAUCAGUGCGCCAAUCUUCAAAGUUCUGCUGGAGUACAUCUACACAGGCAGCGUGGACUAUGAGUGCAUGCAGUUGGAGGCGGCCAUCGAGUUGUACUAUGCCGCCGAGAAAUAUCUGCUGGAUCAGCUCAUAGCAGAUGCUCUGCUCGCUAUAACGCGCAAACUGCGCUUCUCCAACGUCCUGCCGGCGCUGGAGCUGAGCGUCUGCAUGGGACUGGACAGUUUGUUGGACGUCUGCAUGUCGUUCUUCAUGCGCUGCUGUGUGAACAACGAUCAGUACAUGAGCUAUCUGAAGGAGCACUAUGUGCACGUGUCCAAGGAGUGCGUCAAGAGCAUCAUUGCUGCAUGCAAGGAGCCGCACAAGCUGCUACUCUGGUAUGUCUAUGAGUGGACGCAGCAGGAGUGCGACGAUGCAGAGCUCGGAGAUGCCGCCAACUGGCAGCAGGUCUCGGGAUCUGCGGAUCUAGCCGACAGCGCAGCACCCACGCCACCUGCCACGCUCGUCGAGCGCUGCUACUACAAGGCCUGCCGCCCAUUCACCGUUGAUGCCGAGUCGCAUGUCUGGCGGCUGGGCUUGAAAUCCUCCAGAUUCAUCUCUGUGCUGGGGUUGGUGCUUAACAGCCGGCUGGCACCCAAUCUCACCUGCCAUGUGGGCUAUGUGCCGCAAGAGUAUCGCGAAUCUCUGCGCAUUGAUCUGUAUCCCGAUGGCGGCGACCAGCCAGUGUGGACUCACAUCAUCCAGAAUCAAACAACGAAAUACAAUUGUGAUUUGCACCUGAGCUGGAGUCGCGACGAGGCCUGCGUCCUGACACCGGAGGUGCAUUACGUGCUGCAAUUACGCUGGGAGAGCAGCGCUUACGGUGCCGAGUAUCCUUGCAGCCUGCAAUCCUGCCUGGUGGAUGGGAUUCACUUCAUCGACGGUGACAGCUUCAGCGGCUGCUUGCUGAAGGGGCUGCGUUAUGUGAAUCUAGUUUAGUUACAGUCGGUUUAGAUCAUUUAAUUCGUAAUCAUUGUGUAUUUAUUGCCUUUAAGUUAAUGUACGAGCGAUUGAGUUCAAUAAACUGUGAAAA